AUGGUAUCAUCACAGGAACUCGAGACGGCUAUCCGUCAAAAGGUUCAGAACGUCUCUACUUUGGUGGUUUCGGACGUCUCUGGUGGCUGCGGCCAAGCAUACGACGUGGUCAUCGUCAGCGAUGCCUUCCAAGGCCUCAACACACUCAAACGACACCGGAUGGUGAACGAGCUGCUCAAGGACGAGAUUGCGCAGCUGCACGCGUUCUCGCAAAAGACGUACACGGUCGCGCAGUACGAGUCGAUGUCGUCUUUCGCUAACAACGCCGCCACCUCCAGCACCACUUCCACCCCUGCCGCGCCAGCAAAGGCCACCAGCGCGGACCUCCACCCAGCGCCGAUCAUCACCAGCGGCUCGCGACCGUCGCACAACCGCACGGCGUCAGGCGUGUCGAUUCCGGAGCUCACGCUCACCACCGAUGACGAGACGCUCUCGGGCGGUCGCAACGCCAAGCCGCUGACACCAGGCGCACAGGCAGGAGCGGGCGCAACGCAGUACCCCGGCACAGCAGUGCCUGCGCCGCUCAGCCCCAGCAUCUCGCGCCUGCACGAACAUAAGAUCCGCUCCACCGAGUUCUGGACCGGCCUCAGGUCGUACCUCGAACUCCAGUUCUCCGGACCCAGCGUCGAAGCCGGCGCCGCAUCCCCCGGUGGCCCUGGCGGCAGAGCCCCGGGCGACGCAGAGAUCGACCGCAUCUUUGAAGACUUCUUCCUCAGCCAGAAACACCACUUGACCGCCAGCGACGUCGCAAGGGUGCGAGACGCUACUGGCAUGUUUGGCAUGUCUGGCGUAUAA